AUGACAGCAAAUAAUGAGAGGUUACUAACCUUUAAUCCUGAUAGAACCAGCCAACAAACCCUGUCCGCUCUAUCUGGACUGGGACAAAUACUGAGCACAGUUAAACAAUCACAACCCACUAAAAGGACAACACAGAACACAAAUACCAGACAAAAUACACCUAAAGCAUGCAGCCAGUCUGACCCUGGAAACCAAACAGCUUCAAGAUUAAAGGUAAACACAUCCAUUUCAGAAUCAAGUUCAUCUAGACACUAUAGCCCUGGAAACCAAAACAGUCAUCUGCCCAAGUCAGGCCUGGUAUCUGAUCCUGUAUCAAGCUCACCACACCAGCUGAUCCAGGGACAUCAUCCAGGUGCAGUAAGCAAACCUGAUCAAAUCGUAAAAGUGAAGAGUAGUAAGAAGUACAGUGUAAAUAUUGAGUGUGAUCAAAGCAUAUGCUACAUAACUGGUAUCUGUGAGACAGCUUCUGGAGAACUCCUCAUCACAGACUGGGUAAACAAUAAAGUGAAGCUCCUAGAUCAGACCUACAAGGUGGUGGCCCACUGUGACUUGCCUGGUGGAUUUUAUUUUUUGUCCAUGUGCAGCAUUGACUCCCGUCUGGUGGCUGUUACUGUGGAUUACAAGGAGGUCCACUUCAUCAGAGUAAUCAAUAGUAGUAAGUUGAUAAAGGACAGGAUACUGAAGCUCGAACAUGACUGCAAGGGUAUUGCCCAUCAGCAUGGUAACCUGUACAUUACAGAUGGUGAAGCUCUAUAUAACUAUACUGUGGAUGGAAGACUCAGAAGGAAGAUGUAUCAGGAUGAAUCAGUGACCUCCUGUGCAGUGAGUCCAGAUGGUGACAAGAUAUAUGUGACCAACAAUAACAGUACCCAGCUGGUCACACUGUCCAGGGAUGGCACAGUGAUCUCCACCCAGACUUUACCUGAAGUGGGCCCCCAUAUGUAUCGACUACCUGGCCUACAUGUGACAGAUUCAGGACAAGUUCUUGUGUGUGGAUACUCUUCACACACAGUAGUCCAGGUGGACAGAGAUGGAAGACAGAUACUGGCAGAGGUGGUCACAGAGAAUAAUUGUGUAUUUCGCCCUAUAUCUGUCUACUACAGUAAGCACACACGCUCAAUCAUUGUAGGAAUGUGGUACAAUAAUGACAUUAUAGUGUUUAAGGAACAGUGA